CCACGUGUGUGUGUGUGUGUGUGUGUGUGUGUGUGUGUGUUAUACAAUUAGCAUCAUCUUAAUUUCCAAGUGAUUCCAAAGAAAAGAAAAUAUAUUGUUCUUUGACUCGAGUGAGGGACAAGCAAUCAUGGUUUCAAAUACGUUUUUCAAAAACCCUUGUCACCUGGUGCACACGACACGUGCUCAUCAAGCUAUAGGAUCCACCUCAUCCACUCGCCUCAUCUCCUCCAUUUACCCACACACAGAGAGAGAGAGAGAGAGAGAGAGAGAGAGAGAGGGGGGGGGGGAGGGAGGGAGAGAGAGAGAGAGAGAGAGAGAGAGAGAGAGAGAGAGAGAGAGAGAGAGAGAGAGAGAGAGAGAGAGAGAGAGACAGAGAGAGAGAGAGAGAGAGAGAGAGAGAGACUCUCUAUAUAAGAGGCUCACGCCCCAGAGUGGAACCAGUGACCACAGAAUCCCGGCCAGCAUCUCCUCCUGAACAUACUUGACCACGUUGGCCUCUCUCUGUCCGUCGGUGUCUCUCCCUCCUGCUCUCUCUCUCUCUGUCCGCCGGUGUCUCUCCCUCCUCUCUCUCUCUCUCUCUCUCUCUCUCUCUCUCUCUCUCUCUCAUCCUCAGCCAUGCUGGCCAGAGCGCUUCUCCGAACCUCGCUGGUCCUCUGGAUGACUGGACUCAGCCUGCAGAAAGGAGUCCGACCCCAGGUGUCCGCCCUCGGCCGGCUGGGGAUUCCGGUCAAAGACGCCAGCUUGGCCAUGGGAGGAGCCAAGCCUGCAAGUUACAGCGCUCUGGGAGCCCUGGGGGGCAGGGGCUACGGGGCCAAGAUGGGGAGGCAGGUGGCAGGACGUUACCCUGUGGCUCACCUUGGCGGAGCAGGCUACAGGAACCCAGGGGCCGGCAAAGCGGCCGUCAAGCAAGGCGCGGGGUAUGGGGCCUACGGAACCUACGGCGUGGGUCUGGGCGCCGGGAUGGGGAUGCCCAUGGGAGCGGGCAUGGGUAACGGGAUGGGAAUGGGCCUGCCCCACGCAGGGAAGCGCGGAGUCUACGGCAACGGCAACGGCAACGGCAACGGCUACGGCACUCAACCAGGAUACGGGGCCGGGGCUGGGGUUGGGGUGGGCUACGCUGGAGUCCGUCCCGGUAUGGGAGCGCAGUACUUCCCCGGACAGUCCGCCAAGGGGCCAAAACCUGGUUGGCCGGCCGCGUAUUUAGGGUUAGGGUUUGGGAGGGCCGGCGGGGCACACGGAGCUAAGAACGUUAGAUGGACGCACGCGGGACGAGGAGCGAUGGAAAGACCAGGACCGGUCGCCCCUCAGAGGACCCUCUUACCCCAAGCCCCCAAAGUGAAAGGAUACGCGCACGCCGUUGGAGCAGCCCUCCACCUCCUCCACGGUGGAGGUGGAGGAGGAGGGCAAUGGACCCACCAGCCUCCCCCUGGAGCACAUCUGAAACGUCAGAUCCCAGUGGUGGGGCUGCUCCCACACGGAGGAGGUGGAGGUGGCGGUGGAGGUGGCGGUGGCGGGCCAUGGACCCACCAGCCUCCGCCGGCAGAACAUUUGAAACGUCUGGACCCAGUGGGAAAGCUCCCGCACGAAGCGACGGUGCCUCUGGCUGACCGUCUCGGCCAGGCCGCAUCUCAAGCGCAGGCAGGAACCGCCUUCCUACAAGAGAAAGCCACCCUGGCGUCCAGUACGGGCGGAGCGGGCGUCCCGCAGCGCCACCUGCUGCCCUUCAGCGUCGAGAAGAACCACGGCCUGGGUCUCCCGGCCCCUCCCCAAGCGCAGGGACCCAGCGGCUACGGGUCGUCCCCUCACCUCCACCGAGGCCCCCAGCAGAACCCCGGGUUCCACGGUGGAGCCGUCAGCGGAACCACGGGGCUGGAAGGGGCAGCAGCAGGGGGGAAGCCGAGCAAACCACCGGGGGGUCAGGUUCCGGUCCUCCCCGCCGGCCGGGGCCUGGGACCGGCCGCGCCCCUGGGCCAGGAGGAGCAGAACUACGGCCUUUCGUUCGCAAACAGCCACAGCAGCAGCAGCGGGUAUUACGGGGUGGCCUUCGAACACGGGCAGAGGAGCCACAACUACGAAGCCGCCGCCGCCGCUAGCGACAAAGAGGCCUUCAAGGCCCGGUUGGCGGCCGGUGAGGGUCUUCUGGGUCUCCUCACUCCUGGGGGUCCCGGGGCCGUUGGACCCGGGGCCGGGGCGCCGGUGAGCCGGGACCCAGUGGGCGGCAGGCCGCUGGGCGCGGAACCCGCAGCGGUACGGACAGAUCAGGGCCUAGUGGCCGGGGCGGGGCAGGUAGCUAGCAGCCUCUCACACGGUGACCCCUUGUUGACGACGGGGUCGACGCGAUUGGCUCCCCCGCCGGGGCUGAAAGAGAAGAGGAAACAGGGACCAUAUAUGGGGUACGGGGCAGGAAUCUACCCUGGAGCCGGGCUGGGGGCCGCGGGCUACGGAGCAGGCCUGGGAAACGGAGGCUACCCCAUGGCCGCCGGGGCGGGGAAACUCGGAGGUGCUGCGAAUCUGGGACAUGGUGGAUACCCACAGGGAGGGCUUGGCAAGCCCACCGAGUUCGGAGACGGGACCGGGGCCUAUGGCGCCGGGGGCCUCGGAGCGGGCAACGGCUACGGCUACGGCAAUGGUUACAACAUGGGGAGCAACGGCUAUGGCCCCGGCUAUGGGGCAGGAGGUUAUGCUGGACAGGGUCAGGGAUCAUUUGGGGGCGCUGGUUCGGUCCCUGUCGGUGCCGGAGCGUACGGCGAUGCUCAGGCCAUGGGUCUGGGGAGCGACUCUGGCAUGGGGGGAGGAGUUGGCCACCUCUCCAACGGCGCUUCUCCGGUGAUUCCUGCUGGACUAGAGGGUGAUGGAGGCUACCCUUACGGCGCCCUUGGGGCAGAAGCUGCUGCUGCUGCUGCGGCCAAAUCUGCCAGCAAGUUUGGCGUGGGGGCGGGCUACGGUGCUCAGCAAGCAGGUUUCGCUGCCCAGGCUGGCGCUGGUCAGGACUCCUAUGGAGUGCCACAUGGCAAAUAUGGCGGAGUAAAUGGUUUCCUGGGAAAUGGAUACAAAGGCUAAUUGAAAUGACGCAGACAACUCCUUCAUUGAAAUGUGUGUUGUUAUUCUUGUUUUUUUUUUACGGUUUGUCAAUUCAUGUUACAUGUGGUUCUUGUGUGUUCUUGUCUUGUCUGGUUUUGUUCGAGGUCCUCGACUUUGAGUGUCUUGUGUGUGUCUCUGUUCCCUCAUGUCGCCCCUGCUGUGUCUCCCAUAUGCGUCUGUCGCCUUCCCCUAAGUGUCCACACAUGGCAUGAUAUUCAAGUGUAUGCUUACACACGACAUGUUGACUAUAGAACGUCAACAAAAGAUGGAAAUCAAGUGUCCGACGCACGUCGAACACUUGUUUGACCCGAUGAUCGACCAUCUGUCAGCGAUGAAUAAAGUGUACACCAAGUC